CACCAGUCCACCAACACUUCGUCAUCACCCUCCACUCCUCGACCUCCCUCUCCACUCCGCACCGCCCAUGGGCACGCUCACACCACCACCAAGCAACAGAGGCACUCCCGCGCGCCCCGCCACGCCCGAAGCGACGAUGGACGUGGACCCACCCUCGCCCAGCCCGCCCUCGGACCUCUUGGAGCCCACAGAGCCCUCCGCCUCCGCCUCCGCCUCCGCCUCCGCCUCAGCCUCUGUCUCGGAGCUGUCCGGCGCGCCCGUCGACCUCUCUUCGCCUGCGACGGACGCCAAGGGCUCGGACACGGAAGAGGAGCCCGCAGCCGAGGAGAUUGCCACGCCUCCCAAGGCUCGCAAGCCGCUUGACAUGUUCGACUCGGAGAUCGUCGAGCGCUGGAACAAGGAGUUCGGCGACCCCUUCACGCCCACUAAAUGACUGUAACGACAUGCAUGUAUAUGAUCUAUGCCUUCUUGCCC